CUGAGAGAAUGAGGUUGAAGUGAGUGGCACACUGAAAAGAAUUUUAUGUCAUUUAAAGGUAAUAUUACAAUUACGUAAUUGCUUUUAAAUUAAUGUGAAAGAUCCGUGAGAGCAAAAAGAGACUAAAGGAUCGAAUUCCUUCAGGAAGCUUGCAGCUGUGAAGUUGUUGCUGUCUUCGGUAUUAAAGGGUUCGUGUUAGCGAGACGCACAGAGAAGAACGUAAGUUCAAGCGAUUAUCACUAGAUAGCAGCACUAUCACUACAACUUGGCAACAGCUGGUUGUCUGCAGACAAGUCUGCACAUCGAUUGAGUUGUGCGUGUGUAUACAAGUGACAAGUGCGCAUGCAGUGGAUGAGUGAUUGAACAUUUUUUUUUUGCAGGGCUACCUGCGUUAAGAUAUAAACUUGGAUUUUGGAACCAGAACGCGUACUUAAAGAGCGAUAUCCUUUAAUUUUAUAUUCAGGUAGUUUGCCUUCGCUCUCGACGUUUGACAGACUUCGCAGCACUAGCAUUAGACAGAGAAUUUGCGUUUUCUGCACAUCAGGGGAGUUUAGUUGAUUUGAUACAUGUAUCUGCUGGUUCAGAUGCUUAAUGUGCAUGGUAGUACAUUGAACUGUUCACUAUCUGAUACUGUAUAAAAGAGAACCUUUGCGGAUGAAACAAAGAGGUCUGGGCACAAAAUAUAUGUAAUUCUGAUAAGGAGGCAUUGAGUUUGUUGCUUAUCGACUUGAUGCUUCAUAAAAGAUCGUCAUAAUAAUAUAACGUAUUUAUUAAAAUGCCAGAAGAUUAGGUUUUGGAAGAUAAGGCAGUAACGUUAUUUCAAACAAAGGAUUUCACACAAACUCUGCUGUGAUGUACGGCAUGAACUACAUUGGCAAGGUGAUUAGCAACUUCAGAGACUUCUACAAUGAAAUCAAUGCAGCCACUUUAACAGGAGCCAUCGAUGUGGUUGUUGUUGAACAGCCAGAUGGAAGCUUCAGAUGCUCACCAUUCCAUGUUCGUUUUGGGAAGUUGGGUGUCCUACGAAGCAGAGAAAAAGUGGUUGAUAUCGAGAUCAAUGGCGAGGCACUUAAUAUUCACAUGAAACUUGGAGAUUCAGGCGAGGCAUUCUUUGUGGAGGAAGUAACUCCUAGUGAGCUGGGAGAUGAUGAAAUCAUCCCUCCACAUCUUGCCUGCUCUCCUAUCCCUGAUGAUGAUUUCCUACCCCAUUUCCAUGGUAGAGAAGGAACAGAUAUCGAGAUUCAUGAUAAUACUUGCAGAAAUGCAGAUUUAGAUGGCAAGAAUGUUGAUAUUGCAUGCAGUGGAGAGCAAAACAGAUUUGAGGAAGUACAGGGUGAAGACUCAGUUGCUGGUCAGCUGUCUCAGGAUUCUAGUCAAGUAAAAAACCAAGUACCUGAUCAAGAUGGCUCUGCAGAGAGUUUUGUAACCAAAGAUAAUAUAGAGUCACAGAAACCUGUCAUAGUAACUGCUGGUACUUCUGUUCCCAAAACAUUCUGCGCAGAAACCGUUUCUAAUGAUGGCGACAAAUCUGAGAAACUACGUCUCAUCAGUGUUGUUGCAGCUGACUUUCGCCCAAUCUCAUUAAUUGUGGAAGAUGAUGUUCCUUCCAUAAGAAAUGAUGAAGGUUUACUGGUGGAAGAUGUGUUAGAUGGACAGAGUGCCACAGAAGAUUCUAGCUCAUAUCAGGAACAGGUGUCAAGCCAUGGUGUGUUGGGGAGGGAUUCUGGGAAGGACAUUUCAGCUGCUAGUAAUGAAGAUCUUUUGAAACCUAAUGCUGGAGGGAAACGAAAACGCCGUAGGAAGUCGCUCAUGAAGAAGAAAGGUGCAGCGCAGAGGAAAAAUGGAGCUGGGUCCAGCAAUCAGAUUGAACAGUUUGAUAUAAAUGAUACCAAUGGGCUGGCAAAGACCUCAAGUGAAAUGCAGCAAGGUGUAACGGAUGAUUCAUCUGAUCAAGGCGUGUUCCCGAUUGAGGAUUUGAAUAGCCAGACUGAAAAUGGAUCAUCUUCACAAGAGCAACCAUGCAGUCACUGUAGGUUCGUCAUCAUCAGUGACCCAGAAGGCCCUGUAUGCACUUCUACUGUAGACUGUGAAUCCUGUUCAAAGACCCCAUUGGCAGUCACUUUUGGAACUUCCGUGGUUGCAAGCACAGUCUUGGGUGAUGAGACCAGUGUACCAUUGGACACAGAUUGUGAGCUGGCCAGGAUACAGCAUGCUUCCACUGAGAUUGACUUUCACUUCUUCAGUGACACAGAGGCUACUCCUGGCUGUGGUCGUGGUAUUGAAGGUCGCAGGAUUCCUACCGCCCUCUCUGAUGCCACGUUCGAAGUGCUAACAACUCAUGGACACUUCCCUCAUGACUCACGGCCUAGCUCACCUGUGCAGUCUGAUACAGAGUUUGAAAUUAAUCGUCAGUCAAAAGCUGUAGGCCCAACAGAAGAGGAAGAGGCUGGGAAAUCAGCUCUGCAUGGACAGUCAUGGAGGUGGGGUGAACUUCCUUCACCCCCUCCUCGUCCUCUGCUCACAUCGCAGGGUUCACGGACCUCUCUUAGCAAGAUGGAGCUUGCCGAUCCUGAGCCAGUCUCCAGUGAUGAAGAAGGGAACAAGAAGCAGCAGGAAGUAGCAGCAGCAGCAGCAGCAGCAGCAGAGGCUGAAGCUCAGCGCUCGAUGUUAAGCGGAAUGUUCAGCUUCAUGAAGAAGACCAAACGCAUCAGGCACAAUCCAGAAUCAGAGGGCAUCUACCUGUCAGAUCUGAAUGCAGAUGAACUGGAUCCAGAAGUUGCAGCUCUCUACUUUCCUACUUCUUAUCGUCAGGGUGGGCGUACAACCUGUCUUGCUUCAGGUGAUGCAAGAGACGAAGAUGCAGAAUCUGGGAAUGGAACUUCACUUCCACAGUCACCACACAGUGUGGAGGGGGCUAUUGGUGGGCCAAAAUCCUCAGAUAGUGAUUUUGAGGAACCAAAACAUUCCGUUUUUGAAAAAAAGUCGUAUGGUGAGAUCUCAAUGUCUCUGUGUGGAGGCCUGACAUCUUCUGACAGGAACAUCUCAAACCCCACAGAGGACAGUUUUCUUCAGGGUCUUGUAACCUACAAUGACCUGAUCCAGAACCCCAAGUUGAUUGAGAAUCCAGAUCUUGUGGUGAGACUUAACGGAAACUACUACAGCUGGAGAGCAGCUUGCCCUCUCAUCAUGUCAUUGGUUGUUUAUCAUAGACCUCUGCCACAGGAAGUAGUAGAUGCCUUUGUGACAGAAUACAUGCCAGUAGAGGAUAAGGGUCAGAAGAAACCUAAAAAUCAGCAGGAAACCAAAGGUUACUCAUCCUGGUUCUACUGGCGUCGCACUUCUGCACCCAAGAAGAUCUCCAGUAACCUCAGUACCAGUGAUAUAUCAUCACCAGAGUCUGAGAAAUUGUCUGAUGUCAAAGAGGUGGAGACACUGAAGUGUCAUGAUGGGGAUAUAUCUGGGCUGGAAAGUGACAAGAAAGAUGAAGUUCCUAAGGAGGUGUCCAUAACUACUCUAGACCAUUCGGAUAUCAAGUUUGAUACGAUGGACCAUUCAGAUGACAAGUUCAGUACCAUAGACUAUUCGGGUGAUGGGUUCAGUACACUUGACGUAACAGGAUUCUCUACUCAGAGGAAGUUCCAUGAUACUCCUGUGCACUUAGAUAGGCAAAAAGAGGUAAAGGAGGAAGGAUACAGUGGAUCAAACUCAUCAGAUGACUCAGACAGUGUCAGGACCAAAUCACAGAGUGUGAAGGUGCCAGUACAGAGACGCAGCUACUAUGAGCAUACAGAGAAAUAUCGUAAAACGUUGCGACUCUCAUCUGAUCAGAUUGCUAGCCUGAACUUGAAGGAAGGUGCCAAUGAAGUGGUAUUCAGUGUAACGACAGCAUAUCAGGGUACUACAAGAUGCAAGUGCCGUAUAUACAGGUGGCGCUAUGAUGAUAAGAUUGUCAUUUCUGACAUUGAUGGCACUAUUACCAGGUCUGAUGUCUUGGGUCACAUCUUGCCAAUUGUGGGCAAGGAUUGGGCCCAGAAUGGAGUUGCUCAGCUGUUCACAAAAAUCAAGAACAAUGGCUACAAACUUCUUUACCUUUCUGCCCGGGCAAUUGGCCAAGCACAUGUUACACGGGAGUACCUGAGGUCAAUCAAGCAGGGUGAUCUGUCCUUGCCUGGUGGGCCAGUGCUCCUUAAUCCUACCAGUCUUAUUAGUGCACUUCACAGGGAGGUAAUUGAGAAGAAACCUGAAGAAUUUAAGAUAUCUUGCCUCAAGGAUAUCCAGGCUCUCUUUCCUGCAAACAGCAAGCCUUUCUAUGCUGGCUAUGGGAACAAAAUUAAUGAUGCAUGGGCAUACCGGGCUGUUGGCAUUCCAAUCUUCCGAAUCUUUACUAUUAAUCAUCGUGGUGAGCUGAAACAUGAACUAACACAAACAUUCCAGUCCUCCUAUUCGAACAUGAGUUACAUUGUGGAUCAGAUGUUCCCACCACCUCCAGAGGACACUUCAGAGGACUUCUCCAGCUUCAUAUAUUGGCGUGACCCAAUUCCUGACCUUGUGAUUGAUGCUCAUUUACAUACAGUGGAAACAGCUAGUCUGAUUGAAGAGACUCGGAAAAAGUCAACAUCUGGCACGACUGUUGCUUAGAUCCUCAGUGCGGAGGUGAAGCAUUCACUGUGGUACAAUGUCUUAUUUUUGAGAUAAUAUAGCAGUCUGCUGUAUACUCACUCAUACACUAAUAUUACUGGUUAUAAAAGGUAUUUAUCUCUCUGUAGCAGGUGUGGAUGUUAAUAGACAGGCAUGCCUGCUUCCAGUAUAAAUGUUAGUCUUGGGCUAUAAAAAAUUGUGUUUUGCCAGUUAGUGCUGACAGUGGGAUCAGGGGAAGAAUUUGUGUUUGAAGGAGAAUAAGUAACCUGUUGUUAAAUUCCUGAGUGUGGAGUGAGUUCUGUCAGGCUUUUCCCACUGGUUUCAUUUGAGUUGGAGAUAACUGUAAGUAGUGCAUUAGAUAUGAAUUCAUGUAUAACAUGUUUAAACUCUGCUUUUUGUUAGUAUUUGUCAAUUUCCUCAUUUAUUGUCUAGGAAAGGAAAAUUGUGAUAGUUUGAUAGAAACCUUUGGCUUACAUUAUUAACCCAGUAUUUAAAUGUGAUAAAUUAUGCCUGUGGUUGAGUUUAGCACAACUAUUUACAGGUAGCUUAUGUAGUUAUAGUAAUAACAUGGUAGUUGUGAUAAUGAUAAUAAUGCAUAGAUUUGCUUAUAAUUAAAAUGUUCAGUCAUGAUGCAAUAUUAUAAACUGUUAUUAGCCAUUUCUUUAAUAUUAUUUGGUUAAUUUUGAGGUUAUAUUUUCUGAAGUUCAUGUUCCAGAAAUAGCAUAGGGAACAUUAAGAUAAAAAAAACUGCAUGAACUAAAGAGAUACUAUUCAAGUUCAUACAUAACAUAACUGUCUGUUCCUUUUAGUGUUAAGAUAUUGCUUCACACAUGUGUUCUGGUCUAGAAUGACUGCUUUCAAGAUCACUGUUAACCUGAGAUCCGAAGGAAAGCAAUUUUAAAUUUGAAGUGAAAGUACAGAGUUUGGGGACAUGGUAAUAUCAGGCUAAAAGCUGAGAUGAAUGUGACUAUAGGAUUACUGAUGCUGACACAUUAGUAAUUCUAUCUUCUCAAUUAAAUGUAUGAGGAACAGAAGAAAAGGACAUCAUGCAUGUAGAUAAAAAAAAAACAAUAUUCUAAGGCCAUAUUACGAAACAUUUUUAAAUGCUGAAUCCAAUAGAUUUUGGCAGUUUAAUUAGAUUUUUUAAUGUUUCCAAAUUUAAAUAUAUGCAUUGAACUGGAAAACCAUAAACCUUCACACAUUAUAAACAAGGUGCACACGCGAAAUGUAUAUCAUUUUUCUGUAAUAUUGCUCAUCAAAUGAGAGACACAGGAAUGAAGAAGUAAAUGCUGUUGUAUGGAUUAUGUGAACUGGCCUGCAUUCUACAGAUGUUCCGUAAGGGCACCAUGAGUGGCCUGGCAGGUAUUGUAUCUGUAUUAGUUUCAGUCCACAUGUAGUUAAGCAAGUCGAGGUUAACUGUAGGCACCACAUUUCUUAUCCUCCCACCAGGUUUCUGCAGAGUGGUGCGUUAAACUGAUCAGAAUGAUCUCAUCCAGUUUCUUAUGUGAAACGAAAUGUUUAUAUAUGGUUGGAAUUGCAGUGGAUCAUUUAUGUGUAUAAAUGAAUGAUUGAUAAUGUUUUAAACUUUCAGUGCCUUUGCCAUGUUUUUAGACUGAAGUCAUGCUUUUCACUUUUUUGUCCAAAUGAAGAAAUACACAGCAUUGCAUAUUAUAGUAUCAUGCAUGGCAUUGUGUUUACAGUGCGCCAUUAUACGUGUAAAAGUCGCAUCAUAUGCGGUCUGAGGUUGCGAGCUUGGAGUAUGUUGACACGUUUCUGUAAAAUACUUUCUGUAUGAUCACAAGUGUAGGGUGUACCCCCAUGUACUUUAUACUUCCUUGAUUUAAGAAUCUCUCAUGUUUAUGCAUAUAUGUUGGUGAUCAUUGUGUUGAAACACUGCAGGAUUUUCAGAUGUUUCCAGGUUAACAGUUAUUAUCAUGACCAUGUGGGUGUGUAGAUGAUAACUUUAGCCAAGCUAUGACAGAGGGUGAUGUUUAGUUACGUGUAACUACACAAGGUUUCAUUCUUUUUAGUACAUAACAAUAUAUUUAUUUGUAUAUAUAGUAAGGAGAAAUAAAUUAUUAUAUAUACAAUAUGAUUUUGUAAUAAUUUUAUUUAUUUGUAUUUUCGUGGAUUAUUAUAAUAAUUUUUAUAAGAUGAUGAACAGGUGUUGUGUUCAGUGCAUGAUGAUGUAACUCUUUGGCUGGUUAGAAAUGUUUGUUGAUGUAAAUGUUCUUGUGUUACAUUGACUGUUGUUCAGGAAAGGAAAAUGAAUGCUGAGAAGGAAAGGUCAUUGUCCUGUGCUCAGCCCAGCAUGAGACUAUACUUAAAUGGGUGUAAAUUGGCAAAUGAGCUAGAUGUAGUUGAGUUCUGGUAUUUAUCCCAGAUUGAGGGAAUAAUUUUGUGAUCUAAGGAAGUUAUUGAAAGAUUACUGUAUACAGUAUAAUGAUCCACAUUUGUGACUGAAUAGCACCAGUAAACUUAUGAAUGUCUGUAUGGAAAGGUAGGAUAACAGUGACAAUAGUAAUAAGAAUUUUUAGUUUACAGUUGUAGCCGUAAGUGAAAUAAGUUCACAUGUGCCAUAUUUCAAGAAGUGGAAGUGGGCCACGUAACAUGCUGUUCUACAGGGUCACUAGAAAAGAUGCUUCAUUAUAGACUGUAGGUAUUUUUUGAUAUUCCUAUUAUACAGGAAUGUUAGAGCAUCAAUGUAAAAGUGUUUUUAUUUCCUUGUCAUCAUCAUUGGCAAUAGUAGUGGUGACAGUGAUGAUAUUAACAGUGAUGAGGACAACAACAACAACAGAUUAUUUUGUUUCAAGGCUUUGGGAUGGCGAAUGAAUUUUUAGUUUGGUAAGGAGGACUUGGCAUAAUUUUUCAAGUCCUAGUUGACAACAUGUUGUUGCUCCAUUGCCAUACCUUAACUUCCAGAUCAUUGUAUGUAUGACAUUUUCAUAAACAGUAUGUGGCAAUCAUUUGUGUGGUGUCAGCAAGGUUCUGGUUUCACAAUGCAUGUCAGUCCAUGUGGUAAUUGAGCUCAGUUUGGAAUUUAAGUAUUAAAAUUGUAUCUUUUUUAAUGAACUCUCAUGAAAUGAAAACUAGUUUUAAGAGUAUGGGCAUUACCUGGGUAAUGGAUUUUAUAUUGAACUGAAUUGAUGUUAGUGAUGUUCAUUAAUAAUGAAAAAUAAUAAAAUUGCUGUAUUUCAGUAGGUGUGUUCCUUGAGUUGGAGAAAUUUAUGAUACUUUGUGUUUGUGAUAAAUAUAUCCAUAUGACCUUUAGAAGUAUUUUAUGGUGCAGUUUUUGCACAUUUAAAAAUUAAAUGAACAGUGGAUCACAGACAGUGGGAUUCUUAUAUUGUUUGACUCAUAAUAGGUAUGUAGGAUGAGAUCUUUUGUUGAUAAGGGUCUGUUUGAAAAUUAUAUGAAAAUCAGUCAUUGAAGGAUUCAUUUCUUUCAUUUGCCACUUGAUAUAAAACUUUGCUGGAGUUAAUAGCCCUGUCAUAAUGUUUACCUGUCAAAAUCACAUAUUACCUUGUGUAAGCAUUUAACUUCCACAUGAAGGACACAUUUUGCUUAAAACACG